UCUGAUGUACAGUAUGCCGCCUACGUUCGAUCAUAGAUUAUACUCAAUCUAUGGUUCGAUACUCUCUCUUUAUCAUAAACUCUUGGUAUUAGCUAUGGCAGAAGUUGGAACCCAUGAUGAUUUGGCAGCUUACGAGAUACAAGACGUGAUUGGUUUGGAGGAUGCUACUGAGAGGGGGAGGGGCUCUUUUGGAGCUGUGUAUGAAGUCGAAGUCUAUGGUGUUCCAUGUGUAGCCAAAUGUCUUCACGAUAUCCUCAUAGGCUAUCAGCAGCAGUUCAAGGGACCAAUGAAACUAGACGAAGAAGGUGUGGAUGCUAUACGAUCCAAGUUUCGAGACGAGUGCACCCUUCACUGUCAGUUGAGGCAUCCGAACAUAGUUCAAUUUUUGGGUAUCCACUAUGGGAUGUAUAGUGGAGAGUUGGCUUUGAUUGUCGAGAGGCUUCAGUGGGAUUUAGGGAAGUUUGUGGAAGCAUAUAAAGAGAUUUCUGAAUCGAUCAAAGUAUCAUUUCUAUUGGACGUGGCAUAUGGUCUUAUGUAUCUUCACAACCGCACACCUUCUGUUAUCCACCGAGAUCUCUCUGCUGGUAAUGUCCUAAUCUCUGGAGAAGGAAAAGCGAAGAUAGCUGAUUUGGGAGCAUCUAAAAUUUUUCAAAUGUCUGCAUUUCAAGCACACACUGCUGGCCAGCCUGGAGCAUUUGCUUACAUGCCACCCGAAGCUCUUCAACCGAAUCCACAAUAUGACCAGUCAUUCGACAUCUUCUCGUUUGGUGCAGUUGCUCUUUACACGGCUACUCAAAAGUUCCCUUUUGCUCACGAAAUAGCACCUUCGGUUAGAGAGGUACAAAAUGGAGAGAUACAAAUUGCUAAGCGAAGAGUGGCUAUUGAACAAGCUCAAAACAGUUGUCUUUUGCCUUUGAUUAAAAAUUGUCUCUUUGACAACCCACAAAGUCGCCCAUCUACGUCGAAACUUUGUAUUCACCUGAAACAACUGGCAUCACGGAAUCCACGAAUAAGUGGAGAUUUUUCAAAGAUACUUGGUAAAGAAAAAGAUGCAGAUAUUAUAUCAUUAAAAGAAGAGGUAUCGAAGCUUCAAGAACAAACAAGAAGCCAGUUGGAGUUUCGAGAAGUACAGAGACAACAUAUUCUGAAAAUGAGUGCCGAUAGAGCAGUAUUGAUAGAGGAGUAUGGAAGUCAUGUACAGUCCUUAACGUUGAAAUGUGACAGAAGUGCUGAGUCACUACAAAGGGGGCAAGAAGAGAUUGCUCACUUAAAAUUGGAAAUGGUUACUCUCAACAAGGAAAAAAACGAAGCAGUAAUAAAUCAGUCCCAACUUCAGCAAGAGCUCCAGAAAAUGCAACGAACCUUUGACAUGGAACGACAAGAUUCUGCCUCUGGACGGAUCUCGCUGGAGAGAGAACUUCAGGAGCUCAAGGAUAGGAACACUGCUCUGGAGCAUCAGCUCUUGGAGUAUGCCGAGACCAUCAGUGAUCUGUCAAAGUCCCCUAGGCCCGCUAUGGCUACUAACCCCAACCCCAUUCCUGGUCUAAGUAUGAGUGAAGCCAAUCCCACCCACUGCCCUCUGUGCAACACCCCUGUCGCCGGUAGUGGCGGGCUACAGCUGCACUACUUCACCAGUUGUGAGACCUAUGAUAGACUGUCCAAUGAGCAGCCACGCCUCAAUCCAAGUGCCACACUCCCCACUUCUCAACAUAAAACAUUUCGAGAGCCCCCCAAACAAAGAGACGACCAUCACUUCCAGCUCGAAACUGAACUAGCUUCUCUAAAUAUGAAACCUUCCAAAACACAUCGAAAGCGUACAACAUCUGGAAGUCGAGCAAAACAGUACAAGGACCUGGAGUCCCCUAGGCCCGCUAUGGUUACUAACCCCAACCCCAUACCUGAUCUAAGUAUAAGUGAAGCCAAUCCCACCCACUGCCCUCUGUGCAACACCCCUGUCGCCGGUAGUGACGGGCUAGCGCUGCACUACCUCACCAGUUGUGAGACAUGAUGGACCAGAGGAGAGAGGACACAAUAGGCACUAAGUUAACACUGCAAAAAAUUUUGUUUGAAACUACAUUGCAUAAUCGUUUUAACAUUAUUCUUAAACAGUUGAAUCAACUUAAUAUUUAGUAAAAUAAAAAGACAACGUUAAAAUAAUCAGUAUAUGUGGUUUUAACUUAAAAUAUUGUAGAACCACACAAUGUCUUUUAUUUCUACAAUAAUUUACAUAGAAUCUAUUAUUGAUAUCUUAAAUCAAACUAACAAACUCAUUUUGAUUAAAUUAUAUUUGAAACUCUAUCAUGCAGCAUGUUAGAAUACAAUAUAUAAAUUUAGAUUUAACAAUAAUAAUAUUAAUUUUGUUCUAACACAGGCACACAUAUAAUUAUAUACAAUCAAUAUUUUUAACAAUCCAUUUAUAAUAGCAUGAGUGAUGUGAAAUUAUAUAUACAGUCAUGAACAUUGUAAGCAAGUUUGCAUAGAACCAUAGAUAUAGAGGACCUAGAGAAACUAAAUGAAAUUGUGGGCGUGGCUAUGCUAAGUCUAAGAUUGCGCAUGCUCAGUAGAUCUAGAUCUGUGAAACCAUGUGCUCCAAAAAAAGAGAAGACACCCUUACUAUAAUUAUGCUGGACAUUUGCUGCUAUAAAUCUGACUGUGAUGAUACUUCUGUGAGAGGUAUGACUGUGACUCGACUACACCAAGUGGAUGAUGAUACUUCUAGUUCUGUAAGAGGUAUGACUGUGACUACACCAAGUGGAUGAUGAUACUUCUGUGAGAGGUGAGGGACAAGCAUAAAGUGUCUAGUUUUCUGAAAUUCCUUAAACUGGCAAGCUUGACAUGCGAGAACAAACGAAACAAACAGACGAAUGGAUAGAAGUGGCGUCAUUGUUGGAUAUCCUCUCGGUGAUUGAUAAUACACGGUAAUAAUUAAUAUCAAUAACAAUGAUGUAUUUACUAUUAUAGGUGGACUCUGCAUGGUCAAGAGUGAUCGGUCUGCUAUACUUGUGAGUCCAGUAUGUUACACCAAGGAGAAUUACUAUUAUUAAUUUAAAACUGUCCUUCUAAUUUAACAUUGUAUACCAUUGUCUCACUCAGUUGUCACGAACGUUUCCUAUCACUAUUUUUGUAUUAACAUAUUAUUUAUUGAAUUGAAUAAUAAUUGUUAUACCGAUUCAUUUGUAAAUCGUUGUUUUAGGAAUUUAUUUAGCUAUAAUGAGUCUUAUUUAUUAUAAUAAGUAUUUUCUUAAUGGUUGUUUUAAUG